GGGUCAGCAUGAAUCGACGGCAGGGAGGAGUGACAUCUGCAGCAGCUCUUGCUGUUUGACGACAGCAUCGAUACUUUGUACAGCCUGAAGACUGGGCGGUGACCAAUUGUAUUCAGAAGGUUUCUUCGAAAAUGGCUUCAACUCAGUCUGAAACUUUCCUCCAGAAAAUUAUAGAGGAGUGCAAAGUAAGGUGGCUCCGACCAGCCGAAGUGCAGUUCAUUCUCGAAAAUUACAAGCAGCUCAACCUCGACGUUCGCGUACAACCUGUCAAAGAACCAGAAAAAGAAGAGGAGAAGUUGAAAGAGGUGGACAAGGAAGAGGAGGAAGAUGAAACGCCACUGCAAAGGAAGAGGGGGCAGCACGGUGGCAGCAAAGAUGAAGAGAUGGAGAAACGGAUUUCGGAGUGGGUCGCCAACUUAUCCCUGGGCGAAGACGAAGAGGUAACCAUGUAUAUCCCCAAGGACGAGCAGGAAGCCGCUAUGAAGAAAUGGGAAGAAGAAGAAGAUGUGCUGAACCGGCAGGCGAUGGAAGAUGAAACGAGGAUGGUGUGGAAACUCGCAAUGAUGAGGGAGAAGAAAAGAAGAGUGGAGGCGGCAAGUGAGGCGGUUAAAGAGCUGGAGGAGGUGCAAAAACUAACUCUACGAUUGAGCCCCCAGGUAGACCUCCAACAAAAGGUGGAUAUCAUUGCCCAGAGCGUCGAGCGUUUAGCGAGAGUACAAGAACAGCAAUACGAGUUUAGCCGAAGUCAAGACAUAGCUGUGUGUUCGAUGCGGAUGGGGUUCCGGGACUUUGCCCGCGAAUUGGUAGGAGCUGUAGGAGCCAAGGUGAAUCAUCGCCUCGAGAAGACUGAGCGUUUUUGUGUUGGCGCCAUUGAAGGCGUCAAGGUUGCAGCUCCCAAGGAGGGCGAGCCGCGUCCUCGUAGGGAGCCAGUCAAAGUCUCCCCGGAUCAGCAUGUCUUGAUUGCGAUCCAUGCGCUCAGAGACAAAGCUGCCAGCUUUGCAAGGUCCCUAGUUCGCGCCGCCAACUGCAAUGAUGAUGUCGUUGCCUAUUCGUCAUUCACCCCCCUCGCUGAGUUCAUGAAAUUGCUGCACGAGCGAUUUGCAGACGUCGCUCGAAGUGUCAAGGCCUCAGACAAGCUCCAGACGAUCCAUGCUCGUAAGUGGAAGAGUGCCAGAGCGCUCAAGAGCACAAUGGAGGAACUAGUAGCUGUCCCUGACCACGGGGUUACAGACACCCAAUUGGUUGCCCUCUUUUACAGAGCUAUGCCAGAAGCCUUUCGCGGGCACUUCUUCGCGAAGAGCGAAGACCCUGCCACCACUUACGAUUCCCUUAGCCGUGAAGUGGUGGCCUUUGAGGCAAAGUCUGUGUCAGUCUCCAUCUUCUGGCACAAAGAUUUGGAUAAGGGAAAGCAAUGGGAGGGCCGCACUAUCUCUGGGCAAGUGAAGACUAAGGAUAGUCUUGUCCUAACCUUAGAUGAGGGUAGUGUGGACGAGAUCCCCUACGAUCAGAUUGAGUGGGGAUUAGAGGAGGAGGACAGCGGUGUGGGCCAGGGGAGAACUUACGCUGCUGUCGUGGCUGGAGGGAGGCCGCAAAGAGGAGGACGAGGCCAGGGCCAAGGGGGCCGGGCCUCAGGGAGCCGGUUCCAGGGUGACCAGGGGGUUGGCGGCAGAGGAGGAAACCGCCAAGCAGGAGGAAGGUGUCAAGGCGGGUGUCUAGAUAGCUUCCCAGAGACUGCUUGUGUUAGGGUCUCUCUAGACACCUCCCUCACAGGCGUGGCCGAAGAGUUGAAGGAGAGGAGGCCCGCCUGGGCCAAGAUGAAAAAGGAGAAUAAAGGGCAGCUUAUAUUAGUAGAUACAAAGAUUUUUAGAGGCAGAGUAGGGGCCCUAGUAGAUUCAGGGGCCACCCGCAACUAUAUUAGCAAGAAAGCGCUGCAGAAGUUGAAGUUGGGACUUAAAGUCCAGAAGCUAGCAGACCCUAUAGUCAGUAUCCUUGCGGAUAAUCGCACGAUGCGAGUAGAGGAUUACGCAGAGGGAGUCCAGGCGUACUUCCGCCUAGAGCAGGAUGGGAAAGUGGAGAAGGUCCUCCACUCCCUAACUCUCCUCGUAGAAGACAGCCUCCCAUUUGAUAUUGUUCUGGGGAUGGAUUGGGGAGAGGCAGCCGGGGCCACGCUCCAUUUGAAGGAGCACGAGUGUAGGCUCCCUAGUCCUUCAGGCGAGGCUAAGACUGCCCGCCUGUUCCACGUGUCAGGAGUAGAGAAUCCAUUGGCACAUUGCUGCCUUAGUGCGCCUGCAUUCGCCAGAUUAGUAAAGAAAGAGAAAUUGGAGGAACAGGUCUUUGUUGCCUAUGUUAGGCCAGUGACUGAGCCUACGGAAGAAAAGUCGGUGGACCCUGCGAUUGCCAAGCUGCUGGAAGAGUUUAAGGAUUUAACUGAGCCGCCGACAGGCAUGGUGCCGCGGCCCAUCCAGCACCGUAUCGAGAUAAAGCCUGGCAGUAAAACUCCUAAGGGUGUUGUGUAUAGGAUGACUAGAAAUGGGCACUAUGAGUUCAUAGUGAUGCCCUUUGGACUAACCAAUGCGCCAGCUACGUUCCAGCGUUGUAUGAACGAUUUGUUUAGGCCUUGGUUAGAUAGAUUUGUUGUUGUCUACUUAGAUGAUAUCUUAGUGUUUAGCAAGAUCCUCCAAGAACAUCAGGGUCAUCUCAGGCAGGUCUUGGAGAAGCUGAGGGAAGCUAACUUCAAGAUCAAUGCAAAGAAGUGCGAUUGGGCAAAGACCCAAGUUUUGUACCCAGGCCACGUCUUAGACGGAGACGGCGUUAAACCAGAAGAUUGUAAAAUCGCAGCGAUUAGAGAUUGGUCCACGCCGCGCACGCUGACAGAGUUGCGCUCGUUCCUGGGCCUAGCUAACUAUUACAGGAAGUUCGUGAGGAACUUUUCCACCAUCGCUGCGCCCCUUCGUAGAUUGUUGAGGAAGGAGACCAUCUGGAAGUGGGACAAGGACUGUACGUCUGCCGUGAAGAAAUUGAAGCAGGCAAUGAUAGAGUACCCGGUCCUUAAGGUAGCCGAUCCGUCCUUGCCUUUUGUCGUCACUACGGAUGCUAGUCAGUACGGCAUAGGCGCGGUGUUGCAGCAAGACGAUGGCAAUGGUUAUAGACCCGUAGAGUUCAUGCCCGCCAGAAUGCCUUCAGAGAAGGUCGCGACAUCUACCUAUGAGAGGGAACUUUACGCUCUCAGGCAAGCCUUAGAACAUUGGAAGCACUACUUGCUUGGGAGGCACUUCAAAGUCUAUUCCGAUCAUGAGACAUUAAGAUGGUUAAAGACGAAGGCCAAGAUGACACCUAAGCUUACUAGGUGGGCCGCAGAGAUAGAUCAGUACGACUUUGAGCUCAAGCCAGUCAAGGGGAAGUAUAACGUAGUUGCGGAUGCUUUGAGUAGGAGAGCUGAUUACUUUGGGGCAAUAGUGCAUUACUUAGACAUAGGGAAGGACCUGCAGCAGAAGAUUAGAGAAGCCUAUGCACAGGACCCUAUCUACAGUGACCUCCUUAAGAAGGUCAAGGAGGCCCCAGAGACCGAGCCGAACUACCGCACUACUGAAGGGUUGCUUUUUGAGAAGACUAAUAUAUUUGACCACCUGUGCAUUCCCAGUAGUGAAGAGUUCAGCCCGUUGACCUCGCUUCAGAGGGAGCUCAGAGAGAUCCAGCAGGUCGAGAUGCUCCGCCGGAAGUUAGAGAAGGACCUGAAAGAUGCUACCGAUAGAGAAAAUGCGAUGAAAACUAGAGCAGCCAGGCUUGAAUCUUUAGAGGCUGACAAGGCUGAACUAGAGGGCUUGGAUGAGUCAGCGUUGACUGACCCACUGAAGGUAUUGAAGAAGAACAUGCUGUCAUUACACGCACACGUGGACAGCAAGUUAGACUUCAUGCAGAGCACUCUAGACCAGAUCCUGGAUGCUUUGACAAGGCCAGGAUUCCGGCCACCAGCACAAUCGCCGUUGCCGUUAUCGGCGAUGUCAGGCCCCUUUCCGGUUCAAGCUGGCACACAGCCAAGUGGAACAUCUGCAGCACCCGCUCAGACUGUUGCAUCUUCUUCUUCAGGUCCAGCGGUGGUUGCUACACCACCGCAACAAUCUGUUCCUGCACAGGGACAGCAACAAGGUCAAUGGUAUCCCAAAACCCCAAUGAAACCGCCUCUUGCCUUCUCAGUCGAGAGAAAGGACGAGGAACUCAACACAUGGUUGAGGACCGUCCCGAUUUGGGUGAAGGCAAAGAGGACCUUGCCUGAGGACGAAGUGGUAACUGCCGCAUCUUACAUCGAGGGUAAGGCAGCCAAGUGGUUAGAUGGUGUAGUUAUCAAGGCCGGGUAUGGGAGACGCAUGGCGGACUGGGCUAAGUUCUGGCCGACUGGGCCCCUUCAUGUUGGGGUCGUGAUUCAGGGUCUGAAUCGUAAAAGCCCUUUUAUGUUCAUGUCUUCUGCGGUCUCUGCCGCUCACAAACUCAGACUUGAACCAGGUGGACGAUUCUAUCUAUUUGAUAAGAAGACGUGCCGCUUUUUUCGGAAGGAUGGGCACUGCUGGCAGAAAAAACGGGAUGGAAAAACAGUGAAAGAGUCACAUGAGAAGCUGAAGGUGGGUAGUGCGGAGGUCUUGCAUUGCUACUAUGCAACAGGGCAGGACAAUGGGAGGUUUCAGCGGCGCAGCUAUUGGCUGCUGGAGGAGGAGAGAAUCGUACUUGUCCAUUACCUUGAAAAACCUGAGGCAGCAGAAAGGGCAGUGGCAACGAUCAAUGUGUCCAUUCCUGGAACUGUGACUGAGGAAGCUACAGAUCUGACACCGUCAACAUCCCAGGGAUUGACAAUGCCUCAGACCCCAGAUUUUUCAGGGGCCCCUUUACCUGCAGGGGAUGCUCGAGGAGAUCCUUUUGAUGAGACCAACAUAUCUGAUGUGGACUCAGAUGCCGAUAUUGGAUAUUUUCACUAUUUGGCACUGUCCCCAAAACCUGCACAAGAACAACAUCCACAUCUGGAAGGUCGUGUGCCUUCUACAUCUUACAUGUUAAAUGACAUGGUGACUGGCUCCACUAACCCUGCCACCAUAAUUGGAUCUGAGCACUCAAACCAGCAGGAGUGGGGGCAUGUCUCCUGUUCAAUUCCCUUCUCAACGUCGCUUUCGUGGGGAAGUGGAGAAGAACAAAUGGAUGGGCAAAUCUGUGAUCCUGAUGCUCAGUCAGAUGAUUGGGGGCAUCAUUCUCUACUGCAGAUCCAUAAAGAGAGCCAUCCGCCGCUGCAGGCAGGUGGGCAACAGUGGGAAGAAGAACAAGCUGACGUAAGCUUCAAGGGUGGAGAUCUCGUCUGGUCUCCAUCGGAAUCAGAGGAGCUACAGUACCAGAGGAACGACGGAAAGCCGGUUAUAUGGAAUGACCACAUGGAUCCUGGGCCAUCUUCAGGAGAUGAGUGGCCAAGCACUAUUCUUCCGCUGCCUGAAGAUCACAAAGACGAUCAACUGGGAGUUCUGAGGAGUCAUCCUCCCAAGAUAACUCUAGCUGAUGGACCCGAUCAGGGUAUCAACUGGCUCUUACUGGAUGGUGGAGACUUGGAUGAGCCUUCACCUUCAUCAUUGCUUGUGGGGCCUCAAGACCGUGAUGAGGGUUUUAGCGGAGCUUCUGAUGGUGAACACGCUGCUCCCAAUGAAAUGACAGAGGUGGAGGAAAGCUUCUUCCAAAGCGGCAGCAAGAGUUCAUUAUCAAAUCGCUCCCACCAGGUGCUGGGCACUAUUGCAGGUGAGGCACGCCACAACACCACCUGGGGAACAUAUACACAGGCCCCAAAGAUCGGGGAUGGAGAGAACUGCAAAGGGCCAAUUAGUGCCACUGUGGCACAGGGCGAAGGGACAGGCUUUUUACCUGGUUUACAUCAGCAUACUGUUUAUCGACAGCAACGUCCUCAACCUAGUAGUCAGCAGCAGCCACCAAUGGAGCAGAGCUCGACUUCCGACGUGCUCUAUAAUGUUCAACCUCCUCAUGAUUACCAACUGAAUUCGCACGAGCAUUUUCUGUCUUCAAAUCUCCAGCAGCAGCAGCAGCAGCAGCAGCAGCUAUACCAGCAGGAGCAACACCAGCAGCAAUACCAGCAGGAGCAACACCAGCAUCAAUACCAGCAGGAGCAACACCAGCAGCAAUACCAGCAGCAUCAGCGAUUUCAGCAGCAAUACCAGGAGCAGCAGCAGGAUCGAUACCUUCAGAAGCAGCAGCAGUACCCCUAUCACGAGCAGCAGCAUUUGCCGCCGCAGCCAAGUUCAUCAGCUAGCCGGGCAUCAGAAGAUGAGCGAGGUUCUGAGGAAGAUGCCUUCGCUGACGAGUUGGAUGACGUGGAGAGCUUGAUCCCUAUGCCUUUCUCCGAGGUUGAGGUGCCUCAUCGUUUGGAACAACACGGGAAGCCCGAGUUUCCUGAAUGCCAAAGAGUAAUGCCUGGUUACUUAAUGGAAGGAAAAGAAAAGAAAAUACCAUCUCAACAAGCACGCUAUCUGGACAAGGUGGCACUGAGAAUUUUCCCUGAAAGGGCAGGUGUUGCUCACAGCCCAAUGGAAAGCACAGGUUCUGUCAGUGUAAGUACCACACCCAUGCCGAAACUUUUUGGUCACGUAGUUGAUAUGAUGAGAAGAGAUGCAGUCAAGACUGGUAUUGAUGACGAAGUUGAUCGACAACUCACGGAGCGCUUGGAUCGCUUACUGCUCAGUGAGGAUGCAGCUUCAUCCAUCCAAUUUGCAAAACUCACCAUCAGCGCAGCGCACCAUCGCUACAUCAUUGAGGAUUUCGCUCCCCAGUGGGUUUUUACAGGGGACCAUCAGGCCAAGGUUAUUGUCAUUGGUCAUGUCCAAGACCAUUCGGUAAGGUCUUGGUUCUGCAAAUUCGGUGAUGUGGAAGUGGAGGCAGACAUGGUGAGGGAUGGUAUCUUACGGUGCAAACCACCAGUUAGACAGAAGGAAGAAAAGGUUCUGUUUUGUGUCACAUGUGGUGAUGGCAAUUGCUGCAGCAAUGUGAGAGUCUUUGAUUAUCGUGGCCAAGGAACUGGAGCUGAGAACGUGACGCAGAUGGGAUUGCUGAUCCGCAUUGUCAAGACAGUCCUUUCUGAUGAGUUGGACAACCAACUGGCAGACGAGGCUGUCAGAACGGGGACGGAUCGCAACCCUGGUGCUCUCGGGGAAUGGGAGUGGUUGCUGCGGGGGGAGCAAUCUCUUGCAUAUGUGCAGGAACAUCUGCUUCAGAUGCUAUUGAAGCGACGGCUGUCUGAGUGGCUCCAUAAACAAUGCCAGAUGUCAUAUCGAGGACAAGAUGGUAACCCCUGUACAGCUGUUGACAGGCUGGAUAACACUGGAAUGGGCAUAGUGCAUAUUGCUGCUGCUCUGGGUUAUGGUUGGGCAGUUUCAAUUCUGAGAGCAGCGCAGGCUAGCCUGGACUCAUGUGACUUAGGUGGGAGGACACCCUUGCACUGGGCCGCAGCUUUUGGACGGGACUUGACAGUUUCAACACUACUGGCAGCAGGUGCCUUGCCAGGAAUUUUGUUAAAAGAUACAUGGACAGCUGCAGAGCUUGCUGGAAUGACAGGACACCAAGCAAUCUCCGCCAUGCUUUCCCUGAGCACACUUGAACAAAGUGAGGACAUGCUUUCCUCAGAGUUAUCCCGUACUGGCAUCAUGGCUAGCAUCCAGGCUCACGAAGCUGGACAGGAUGCAGUUGCAAGAGCCAUGUUGUAUGAAGAUGCACAUGAGGAAUAUCUGGACUCAACUCCGCAAGAUGAAGAAGAAGCAAAAGCAGCUGUAUACAGAGCAGCCAGGGCUGCCAGCCGGAUUCAAGCUGUGUAUCGCCAGUAUUAUGCUCGAAAGAAGGAAAGCGAGAGGGAGGUGAGGAAGCUGUUUGCAGCAAGAAAAAUCCAGAGAGCGUAUCGAGGAUUUCAGAAAAAGAAAUUAAAAAAGCGCACAGAGGCAGCAACCAAGAUUCAGAAGGUGUACCGUGGUUGGAGAAGGCGGAGAGAGUUCGUACAGAAACGGAAAAAGAUCGUCAAGCUGCAGGCACUGUGGAGGGGCAGAAGGCAACGGACAGAGUAUCGGAAGAUGCGAAAUGCUUUGAGGGUGAUUGAGGUGGCUGUCGUCCAAUGGCGGAACCGUAGGCGAAAGAGCCUUGAGGCACAGCUGCUUUCAGCAGCUCAAGAAGAGAAAGACAAGGACACUCUCAGGUCAAACAGGCAAGGGGAGGAAUGGAGGAAUGUUGGAGGUGUUCAUCACCAAGCGGCACUUGAACAAGCUGUGCUAAGAGUGCAAGCCAUCUAUCGUUCAAAGCGAGAACAAGUAAAUCAAUUCCGUAAGAUGAUGGAAGAGAAACAAGCCCAGAAGGAACAGCACCAGGCGGCAGCCGAGGCUGCCCGCCUACAGGCUGAAGCGGAAGCAGCAGCUGAAAAGCAGCGGCUUCAGGCCGCAGCUGACACAGAUGCCCAGGUCCGCUGCAAGGAGGCCCAGGAUCUGCUGCAGCAGCACGAAGCUGCCAGCGUCGACAAGCUCAAGUUCUGGCAUUUUGAACCAUCCGAGGGUCAUGACGACGUGGCACCGGAAGAGCAGCUCAAGGAGUUUCUCUCCAAACUUGUGACCCGGUUGGUUUACACUUGUAACCACCUGCAGUCCAAGCUGGGGAAUCUUCGACGGGCAGUGCGGAACCACAAGGAUCUGUACGAGGAUGCUACAAUGGCACUUCUUUCCCGUGUACAGGACUUGGAGCAAGCAGCACCAGGACCAGAUGCUGGCGAACCCAGCAAUGCAGCCUCAACCCGCCAGUUGGAGCAACGAGUUGACCAUGUAGUCGCAAUGCUCGACGACGUCAGCACCUUCGCGGCACUAGCCACCAUCAGCAAGCAGCUUGACACCUUGAAGAUCGAUGUUCGACAACUACACCAGCCCCCCGACAAUGAUAGCAGCACCAGUGCAUCGCGGCCGUACAAGAUGCGGACGUUCCGGAUCAAGAAGUUUGAUGACUAUACGCAUCAGGACCCAGUCGUCUGGUGGCAAGGCUUUACAACGGAGAUUGGGAUUUAUGAGGUCCCCAAUCACUUGUACAUCUCGGCGCGAUUCCUCAACGCCAAGGGCGGAUGCCAGAUCUGGCUCAGCCACAUGGCAACCAUCCAAGGCGUCCAGGUCUCCGACCAGAUCUCCUGGGAUGAUAUGACGAACGAAUGGAAGAAGCGGUUCAUUGUGGACGACGCCCCGGCGCUCGCUAUCAACCGCCUCUUCGCCAUGACUCAAGGCAACACACCGACACGCGAUUGGCUCACAAAAUGGCAAAAGAUCGUGGCAACAUCCGAUCUCGAGUUGCCAUUUUCGCAUCUGUGCUGGGAGUUCUACAACCGGUCGUGUGCCGCCUUGAGCCUUGCACUCGGUGAUCGAGAAUAUGAUACACACGAGAAGUCGGUGUGGCAGCCAGCCUACGUGGAAAAAGGAACAUUUGGUCCGCGUCUGCAGCCUGUUGCUGCAGUCCAACUGGACAACCUUGUGGAAGACCCGGCAGCCACCCCAGCAUCACGUGAGGGAGAUCAGGUGGCCGUCGUCCAGCUGCGAAGCAACAACUCACGUGGAAAAGGGGAGGCGAAAACAGCAUCGCCGGUCGGAAAUGGACAGCCAGUACCAUGGGUCAAGUCCAACUUGACCGAGGCCGAAUAUAACCAAGACUUUAUGGUACGCGCUGGCCUUGGGCCACGCGUUCGGAGGAAGUCACGGCCCGCACAAGUCACGUUGGUCGACCAUCACAUGCACAAGUCAAUCGACUGGUACAUUGAUUCCGUCCUCGUGUACUUAGCCACGCAUGCAAGCGAGAUCGUGUCCUUCGACAUUUUGGACACCAAGUUCGACAUGAUUUUGGCCAUGUCAUGGCUGCGAAGUGAGGACCACCCGGUGAACUUCUACAGCCGCACCGUUCACAUUCGUGAUUGGAAUGGAGUACCAGUCCCGUGCACGGUGCUUCCUCCUCGUCCUUCGAUCAAUUGUCACGUGGUGUCUGCCGCGAGCAUUCGAGCUUCCAUCACCCGGGAUGACAUCGAGGAGAUGGGUGUGUGUUAUCUCCACGCCCUCCCUCCCCAUGACAUCUCAUCGACGGACCCACGCAUCACCGAGCUUCUAGACGCCUACGGUGACGUUUUCGAAGCCCCAUACAGAGUAGUACCGGAUCGGCUAAUCCGCCAAGAGGUCGUCCUCGAGGCCGGGGUCGUACCUCCUCGUGGUUGCAUCUACCUCAUGAGCGAGGAAGAGUUAAGUGUGCUAUGGGCACAACUCGACGACCUUCUUGAGAAAGGUUGGAUUCGGCCUAGCUCUUCGCCAUACGACGCUCCCGUUCUCUUCAUCUUGAAGAAGAACAAGGACUUGCGGUUGUGCAUCGAUUAUCGCAAGCUCAACGCGCAAACCGUCAAGAACGUCAACCCUCUCCCGUGCAUCGACGACCUUCUCAAACGGCUGGGCGACGCUAAAUUUUUCUCCAAGCUUGACCUCAAAUUGGGAUAUGACCAACUCGAGAUCCGACAGGAGGACCGCUACAAGACCGCGUUUAAAACAAGAUAUGGGCAUUUUGAAUGGCUGGUUAUGCCUUUUGGCCUUAUGAAUGCCCCGGCCACGUUCCAAGCGGCUAUGACAACGGAGUUCGGACACAUGCUGGACAGAUUUGUACUCAUCUACCUCGACGAUAUCUUGGUGUACAAGUCGGAGUUUGGACGAGCAUGUGGAGCACAUGCGCACCGUUUUGGAACGGCUACGACAAGCCAAGAUCAAUAUGAUGAGAGGCAAGGAGCUCGUCAGCGAUUGACCUUUUCUGGUUAUCAUCAUAACAGGUUUCAUUAUUGAUACCUGACAAGCUGGGGGCUUACCCCCCCCUCUCUCUCUCUCUCUCUCUCUCUCUCUCUCUCUCUCUCUCUCUCUCUCUCUCUCUCUCUNUCUCUCUCUCUCUCUCUCUCUCUCUCUCUCUCUCUCUCUCUCUCUCUCUCUCUCUGUGUGUGUCUGUGUGUCUGUGUGUGUGUGUGUGUGUGUGUGUGUGUGUGUAUGUACGAUAUAUACAUGUAGUUAUCCAUAUAGCAUAUGUGUGUGUGUAGUCUCUCUCCAGAUAUACCAGGUUGCCACUGUCUGCCCCAUUCCCACACCCUUUCUGUCUCUUGCUUGCGGCCUACGUUGGUGAUAUACAAGUACUAGACUGAAAAGGACAACAGAGAGCAAGUGCAACGAGCGUGGCACUUAGUUUGUCAUGCGGGGUUGGAGAUAAAUCCGUAGAGUUGUUACGUAUGCUCAAGCCUCAAAGCCCAAUGCCCCAAACUUUCGGAACUAUCUACGCCGGUGUAGACCAGAAGAGGUACGAAUUAUGCAGCUGCUGCCGACUCAUUUUGCUGUUUUUAAACAAGGUGAUCACCGAGUAUGGAACAUGACUGGCCGCUUCUCUCAUGGUUGAAGUGCUGUUUCAAGUUUUGAGUCAUGAAGGCAAGGGAACUUUGAAUGCAUGUUGUGUCUCUCAUUGGGUGCAAUCUAUUUUGGGGUGCGAGGAGAAGCAGUUUCCCUCUUGCUUGUCAUCGAGUCCCAAGGACUCGACGAAGCGAAGCUCUCUUCGCGCAUAUAUGCCUUUGAACGAAUGUAAGCCACCACUCCAUCCCUGGAUGGUGCGCUGACUGCAUUGUGAGUUGCUGAAAUUGAAUUUUAUUUAAUAGCAUGCCAGCUGAACGCCGUGAAUUGACAGCUGAACGUGGUCCUCUUCCUUCUACGGUGCACUUAGCCCCAACGAACACAUCUCCAUUCUUUUUGUGGGGAGCAGCACGCCCUGUGUGCUCACCUUCAGAAGGAAAGCUUUGGUGAAAGCAGCCUCUCCCAAAGACCUCCAGUUACGAAAGCCACAGGAAUAUUUGCCAUCAUCAGCCAGGCAAGGGCUCAUUACCCUGUUUGCUCACCUUUAGAAGGAAAGCUUUGGUGAAAGCAGGCUUUCCCAAAGACUUCCCGUUACGAAAGCAACAGGAAUAUUUGCCGUCAUCAGCCAGGCAAGGGCUCAUUAUCAGCAAGGGCGGUCCGUGCGUCUGCAAAACAAAUUUGCUGUCCACGC